AUGGCUUCAGGUGAAGCAGAAGAAGGCGAUGGAGGGAUUCCACUGGACAUCGACAAUGUGCACAUGCUUCUCCAAGUGGAGCAUGAACAGAUUCAGAAAAGGACAUUCACCAACUGGAUAAAUGCUCAACUUGCUAAGGGAAGCCCGCCCUCAUUUGUGUCAGACCUAUUUUGUGAUCUCAGAGAUGGGUCAAAGCUGCUCGACCUGCUGGAGGUGAUGAGUGGCCAGAUGAUGAAAAGACAAAAAGGUCGUGGGGUUUUCCAGCAGAGGGCCAAUAUUGAGACGGCAUUAAAAUUUCUCAAGAAAAAAAAUGUCAAACUGGUGAACAUUAACAUCCCAGAUAUCAUAGAUGGGCGGCCGUCCAUCAUCCUAGGCCUCGUAUGGACCGUCAUACUCCACUGUCACAUUGAGGAGCUGGCCAGUGCGCUCUCCUUCAGCUCGCGUCAUUCCUCCCUCGACUCUCUCUCCAGCCUGGACUCCUGGUCCGGCAGCCCUGUUCCAGCUAGUCCAGUCCCCGCAGGUCGGACAUCACCGCUCCACAGACGUUUCCGUGUAUCUGCCAAGAAGGCCCUGCUCAUGUGGGUCAGGGACCAAUGCAAAAAAGUUCAUUGCUCUGUUAAUGUGAAGGACUUUAAGUCAAGCUGGAGAAGUGGAGAGGUCUUCCUGGCCAUCCUGUCUUCUCUCAGGCCUCAGUUAGUUGAUCUCUCACUGGUCCAAUCCAGAAGCAACCAGGAGAACCUGGAAGAAGCAUUUCACCUUGCUGAGCAAGAGCUGCAUAUACCCCGCCUGCUGGAACCUCAGGAUGUUGAUGUUAGCAGUCCUGAUGAAAAGUCUAUCAUGACCUAUGUGGCCCAAUUUCUGCAAUACUCCAGCGACAUGCCAGCACCUGAUGACCACCUCCAGCUGUUUCCUUUGGCCCAGCCCUCCUUUUGCUCACCUGAGACUCUGCCUGCACACUUUACUCCAGCAAUUGCUGUCUCACCAGUACACGAGGUUUCUCCAAGUGAACGAGCACAGCAAGUGACAUGCUGGCUGGAACAAGCCAAUCAGGAACUGUCAGAUUCAUGGAAGGCUGCAGAGAACUCAAGUUAUGCUGAAAAAUAUCAGGUGCUUCAGAGCCUCGCUGGCUCCUUCACUGAGCAACGGAGACCAGUGAUGACCCUCCUGGCUGCCCUAAGACGCCGCCCUGAGCUGAGUCAGCAGCAGUGUUUUCUCAGGACAGCGUGGGAUCAACUGGAGGAAGAGCUGCAGAGGUGUAAAGCAGACUUGGACCUGAAUCUUCCUCCUCCUCUGGACUCUGUUGUUGCAUGGCUGCAGCGUGCAGAGGCAGGGCUUGCAGAAGACGCAGGGAAAGUGAAAGACCAUUCAGAUGCCGCUAAAGAAGCAAGAGCUCAGCAGGAUAGCCUAAAGAAUAUAAAUAAAGAAAUGGGCCAUUAUGUCAAUAUUCUUGAGACUUAUCACAACAUGGACGACUCGGGGAACAUAGUGGUCCCCCUUGAAAAGUUUGAUGAGAUAAGAAAACGUUUAACCAGCAUUCGGGUCUCAACCAAGUAUCGAGGGAUCAAGUUGGAAUACCAGGAGUCCCGUCACACCAUCCUGGACCUCCUGAGCCAGAUCGGUGCCAAGGUCCAGUCCUGGAAAACACCCUACAGGUCUCAGGAGACCACACAUGUUCUUCUGCAGGACUGGCAUGAAACAAUUGAGCAUCAAGACCUGCUUUUCACUCUGACAAGCGCUCUGCACACCCUGAAGGAGAAGGCGAAUGUUUAUACCAGCAAAGCAGCGCUAAGCGAAAAUUUCCAGCUUGUUACUCGUCAGGUGAAGGAAGCAGAGAGUGAAGUUGAAAUGGUCAAACAGGCUGUGACUGCUACUAGGGGUACCAUGGAGAGAGUUUUGUGUGCAUGGGAGACGUACAACAAAAACCUUGCUUCUCUACAGGCGUGGCUGGCGCAGGAGAAACGAAUUCAGUCCCCAGCUGCAACACAGGAUGUUAGUGAGUGGACUUCACGUCAAGCUCAAUUAAAUGAGGCAGGGAACUAUCUCAUAGAAGUGACGGAAAUGUCAAUCAGUCUCAGUCUGGUCGAACAGUUGAGCAAAGUCAACAUUCAGUGGGCUGAAUACAUGAAGAAGGCUAUGUUUGAGGUAUCAUCAGAGCCCUGUACUGGUGCAUCAUGUCUUCAAAUGGUGCAUUCAAUGACCCAGGAGGCCAGCUUGCUCCUCAGACAGCCACUUGAGGUGGCCUCAGUGCCACUAAAGGCUAUCAGACAGAAAUUACAGUUACUGAGUAAAAAGAUGGCAGAAGUGAACGUGUCAUCUCUUAGCUCUUCUCCCGACUUUCAAACAAGCUACUUUGAAAAGAUCCAGAAAACUCUCCCACAGAUGCUUGUUGAAGCAGAGGGGGCCUGUGGGGAGCUGCAGCAGGCUGCAUCCAGGCUGGAAGGUGGUCUGGCUGAGCUGGAUCGUUGGAGCACUGAUGCGAUGGACUGUUACAAUCACCUAAAGGAAAAAAGUCACAGAGGACACCCUACAAUGGAGCCUACAGCAAAAGGGCUAAUCUCUCGAGGCUUCCAGCUGGCAAACCAGGCUAAAACCGAGGAACAGGAUCUUCAGGGCCUUGUUGCAAUACUACAGAAAACCUCUCCUCUGCAGCACCUCAGCACCUCUAGCCUGAAGGACAGGGUCACAGAAGCAGUCUCCUACUGCCAGGACAUUCUGGGGAUGUUUAGUUCUCUUGGGUAUAAGCAGGAAGUUGGUGAAUUUCCUAAGAAUCAACCAGCUGUUGAAACAAUCUUUCAGACAAAGAAACAGCCUGAGAUGGGGUUAUUAGUUGUGGCCAGAAGCAAACAUGUAGAGAACAUUGGGAACAUCAUGCUCCAAUCUCAGCACUCAAAUCAGCUUUCAGCUUCCACUCCUCAACAAAGGACAAGAGAUCUCCAGGGAAAAUUACAUGAUGAAAGAGAUAUUAUUACACCCAAAAUAGUCACCAGUUUCCCACCUGUAACUUAUAUUCAAUCUCAUUUUCUUCAAUCUGCAAAAGAAGCUGAAUCUGAGCUUUUGAUCCAGCCACAGUCAUUUUCUAAAUCACAUCCCCUAGCUUCAAGUUUCAGUGAAAAUGAUCAGCCGCUACCUGCUACGACUCAAACUCCUAUUAAGGGAAAGUUUUCAGAGAGUCCAGUUCCCCCUAAAUAUGGAGGAAGUUUACCUUGCCAAUUUCAAACCAAGCACAAGAACACAGGACCGAGCUCUAUACAGAGCAGUAAACCUCCACAACCACCAGUUAUGGUCCACAGGGAAGUCCAUUCAAGAGCCCAGUCAAUGGCGAGAAGCAGGCUGGAGAAGGCCCGGUUUCGUCUGCAGGGACGCAUCCAGCAAGCGACGAAGUUAUUUGGUGGCAAAGAGAUUUCAGAGUCGGAAGCCAAGAAGAAACAGAAAGCUUUAAAAAUUCUGCAGCCUGCCAUGCUGGAAGAGUUCCUUUGUGCAGUGGAAGGUUUUGGGGCUUUCUGCUCUGGAUCCCAGCUCCAGGACUUGAUGCUCCUCUCUGACUCAGUGAGAAAUCAGUGGGAGGCUGUCACUGAGGGAGCCGCAUCUAUUGAGGAACGUGUUGAAUCCCUCAGAGAGCUGUGCGAAACACUGACGCCAAAGAAAUCCUCCUGCCUCGCUACAGACCAGCUGAGCGAGUCAGAUGAAGUAGAGGAAACACAACCCAGGGAUGCUGCAGUCCCACCUAACAGGGGACGGCAGCCUGGGGGAGACGCCCCACUGAGCGCGACUGACGUGUCGGCCAACACACAGCCGAGCAACAAUCUCCCACAGAAACAAAGCGAUGACAGCCCACAUGAAGACCUCGCGCCCGUUUCUCAUGUUGUGUCAGUGCAGCCUCAUGGUGAUAUCCUCAAACUGAAAGUUCAGGAAGUCCCAACAGAGAGUGAGGUCCACCUGACAAAAAACAGAGACGGCAGGUCAGAACAAAAUCCAAAGCCUUCACUUCGAGCCAAAGAGCAGCUGCUGAAAGCCCGUCUACUGCACUACGCAGAGAGCAGUCAGCAAAUCCAAACUCAUGCACAGGCAGUUGUUAGGAGCAACACAGUGGAGACCAAGCAGGAAGCACAGUGGACCAUCAUCCCAGAGCCAGCUGCUCCAUCUCAAAAAGAACAUCCCUCUGAACAGGAAGUGCAGGAGAGUUAUAGAAAGCUUUGCUCAGCAUUUAAAUCUCAGCUUCAGGAGAACAAGCUACUUUUGGAGUCAUUUAUCCCAGAUCCAGUCUCUAUCCUUGCCCUGCAGAACCAAAAGAAGCAUCUACAGACCUUGAAAAAAGAGACAGAAGCACUUUGGUUUGAUGUUGAGCUCCAGUAUACCCAGUAUACCCAGUUUUCCCAGUUUGCCCAGCCGAUGACCAGGGAGGAGGGUUGGAGUGAAGUGGAACAAGAGCAGGGGCAUCUGACUCAGCAGUGGAGAGAACAACAAGUGUGCCUACAGACCAGAAUGGCAUCUCUGGAGAACAUUGCUGACCUGAUGAAGUCUGCAGAUGACCAGAAGACGCUGAUCACACAACAACUGAACCAGAUCACCGGACAGCCUGUGGAUAUCUCUUCUCUGACUUUGGCUGAUUCAACAAUAUUACAUGAGUUAAAGGAGAUGGACAACAGGCUGCAGGCUGGAAUGAGGAUGCUAACAGAAAAAAGCACCAAAGAGGAAAGUCAGGGGCCAGAAGCCACAUCCGCCUCAUCCCUCUGCAGGGGCCUCCACAGUAGCAUCCAUCAUUUCAAGCAGCUCAGACAGCAACUGGAGAAAGUUCAGUCAGCUGUUUGUGCUCUGGAUCGCUUCCUGACCACAGUGAGAGAAGUCGAGGCUGAGAUCCAAACUGUGCUGGCAAACCAAGACCUGAGCAAGCAGAAACACGAGGCAGACUGGGAGCAGGAGAAACCUUCAUUGGAUGCAACAAUGCAGAGGUUGCAGGCUGCUACUGAGCAAUCUGAUUCUGUGGACAGUAAUUUAAAGGCAGUGGGGAUUAGUCUGACCAUGGAUGGUGCACUUGCAACAUGUCAGGAUGUGGUGAAAUGCAUCACAGUACAUGUUGUGGAGAUGGAAAAAUGGGGAGCAAAAGCCAUAAUUCUCCCAGAAAAACGGAACAUACAGGACGACGAGAAAUCUAAAACUGUGGAGACAUGUCAGACAAAGUCUGGUAAUACUUCCCUACAGCAACAGGACAUGCAAGAAGAUCCCACUUCAAGUGAGCCAGAUGAGGAGUCAGGUUUGGAGGCCAAAAGGCGUAAGCUGGAAGGAAAGACUCAAGUGGAGGAAGAGCACAAGACUCAAGCAUGGAGACCUCGAGAAGAUCUCCUAGAAACUAAAGACCAGAGACAAAUGGGAAGAACCACCCAGGUUAAGAAAGAAGGAGAAAAAAUGGAGAAUUUGGUUCGGAGGAGAGCAAACCUGUUAGCAACACUGAGGGAGACGAAGAAGGCAGCUGAGCAGCUGAGCCUGCAGGAGCCCACUCUGCCUGCUCUGCAACACAGGACACGUACCUUGACAGAGUUGGAAAGUCACCUCACUGACCUCCUCUCUGAAGUGCAGUACGUACAAGGUGCAUCGUCACGGUCAGAAAUCCCUGAUGAGAGUCAAAACAGAGAGGUGGAGGAUCUCUGGGAGGAGGCAACAAAAGCUGUAACUCAAAAACUGGAGCAGUGUGGUGUCCUAACAGAGCUGCUGAAGAGGUUUCAGAGCAUUCGUGGUAAGCUGAGCGCGACACUGCAGCGAGCAGAAAGCGCUGUGAGUGAAAAAAACUCCUAUAUGGGGAAAGAAAAACUGCAGAGACUACACACUAAGGUCCAGGAAACAAAAGCAGAGCUGAACAGCCUUGGAGAUGGUAUAGAGGAGGUCCGCAGUGUCUGCAGACAGCUUCACACUCACCUACGGCAGAUACCAGAAUGCACAUGCAUCCCAUUUGAGAGCGAAGCUGAUGCUGUCAUGGAUCACUGGCUGGAUUUAUCAGAAAGAACAGAGUCCUGCCUUGAAAACCUACAUCUAGCCUUGACUCUGUGGGACGGGGUCCUUCAGCAGGGGUCAGAAGUGGAGCGCUGGACCAGCGAUAAAGUAGCUGUGUUUGCUCAGUGCCCGUCCUUUCAGUGUGAGGAUGACAUCAAGGCACUACAGAAUGAGAUUGUGCUUCAAGAGGAAAGUAUACAGCAUUUCCACCGUAGAGCCACUGAGAUUCAGACACUGCUUCAGAGCGCAGAGUCCCCUCCGGAGCUUCAGGUGGUAGGAACCCAGAUGAGGGAGAAGAUAGAGCAGUUGAAGGAGCUCGUUUCUGAAGCUGAGGAUGUUUACAAGCAGAUGGUGAUUACUAAAGGGCAAAUCACUGGGAGGAUGGAAGAGUGUUUCAACUCCCUGCAGAAGAUUGAAAACUCCCUCCUUACUCUUUGUGGUCCUGAUGUUGCAGACGUGCUUGCAAAACUUAAGGAGUUGUGUCAGCAGCUCCAGUCCCAGGAUGAGCAGGCAGAGAGCUUGUUGGAGGACGUGCAUGUCUUGGCCUCUAUUACAGGUCCAGAUAGCUUACAGAGUCUCUCCGUGGAAGGGAUCCAGCUACAGGAAAAAGUCAGAAAGACCCAUCAGCUCUUCUCUGAAGUAGAAGAACAGACUGAGAGGAAUAUGCGUGAUCUGGACAGGCUGCAAAUAGAGCGGGACCAUCUGGAGCAGUGGCUUAAUGCUGCUGAGGAAAUAACAGCAAAGGAAGAGGAUCAAAGUCUUCUGGAAGAAGAAGCGCUUCAACAAAGGGUGAGGACAGAGCUCCUCAGUCAGCUUGUGUCAUCUUUACAAAGAAGCAACCUUCAGCAGCUGGCGGUGGUGGAGAACAGUAAAAAGCUGUUGGAACGAUACAACAACUCACACAUUAAAAUACAAGGUGACUGUAAGGAGACGCAUUCCUCUCUGAGGGAGGAAAUCGAGGUGUUUCAGGCUUUAUUCAAGUCCACACAAUCAUGGAUCAGUGAUCUGAGACAAGCUGUAGACUCUCCACUUGCUGAAAGCCCCUGGAUUCAGACUCCAUUAGAGCAAAAACUUCACUGUGCUCAAGCAGUGUUGAGUGCCGAGUUAGAGGGGGAGGCUCGCCUGGAAGAGCUCAGAGUUACUGGAGAUGGUCUGUGCCACAGGGUGUUGAAUGAAGAUGACCUGAAGAGGGAAGUUCAGGACACUGUUCAGAGAGCAGAGGAGAAGUGGCGGGAGACUUUGCAGUCAAUUGAACCGUAUUACAGCGCUCUAAAAGCUGAUCCAGAGGUCACUUGUUUUUACCUGGACCAAAGGAGGGAGCUUUGCCACAAAGUGGAAGUGCUGCAGCGCCAAAAAGAUCAGCUUCCCACUUUAUUUCCCUGUCCUGGCACAGCUGAGCGUAAACAAGGAUGCCGUCUUGCCCUUCAACUGCAGGAGGAAACUGAAUCCUUGCAGUUAAUGCUUAGCAGCCUGUCUAAGAGGAGAAAUGAGCUGAUUGAGCAAACCAGAGACAGCAUCUGGAAAGAUUCUUCCUGGGAUCUGCUUUACACCCACUGGUCAACACUGAUGGCAGAACUAAAGGGAGUGUGUUCCCGCCUUGAGGAAGGUGCGAGUAACGAGGAACAAUUUGGCCACUUGGUGCAGCGCUGUUACCACAAAUUGAUGUCCCUACAGGAAAGGAUAUCAGCCUGUCAAGGCCAGAAAGAAAACUCAGCAGGAACAAACACUGACAUAGCAGCUCUGGAGGUUUUGCUACAAGAAGUAACUGGCACUGAAAAAGAUCUUUUUCAGCUUGUAACUCUCAAGGACUCCAUCACAGUUAGUUUAACAGCUGAGGCCCAAAUAAGUCUGACCCAACAAGUCAGCAACCUUCAAAACCAUAAGAGGGCACUAGAGAGUAAAAUCAGAGAGACUCUGGCACAGCUUCAAGUGAACAGUGAUGAAAGCAUUCAGCGAGUUAAAAAAGAAGCCUUGUAUGUGCAGACAGCUCUUAAAGACCUGGCUGAAGGUGUUUCCAAUCUUUCCGAUACCCAUGAAGCUUUGCCUGAUAUCAGCCAGCUGAAACAACAGUGGUGUAUGAUACAGAGCUGUGAUAGCAGCCUGACAGAGCUGGCAGCAAGAGCUGAAGACCUGCAGAGGGCCAGAGAGUCGACCAGCACACAGGAAGCCCUUCCUGCAGAUAUCAUUUUGACUGUCAGUGCCAUUUCUGAAGACCUUGGCAGGUCUGUUUUUUUGCAAAAGAAGCAGGAUUUUGCAGAAAACACUGCAAACAGAGUGAGAGAGCUCACCAACCAGAUGCAAGAGUGGUGCCAGAGAGAACAAGCUGAACCAUCAACGCAUAGCCAGGGAGCUCUGGAUGAAGGUUUGCAGCUUCAACAAGCACUUUAUAAUGUACUCUCAGAGCAAGAUUUUCUACUUAAUUGCCUGGGAACAAAUGUGGCACAGGAAUUGGAGAAAAAUGCUUCAGGUGCACUCACUGAAAGCCAGUCUGCACUUGAAACCCAAUCUAAACACCUGGUCAUUCGCGUUCAUGCCAAUGUGCAACUGGAAAACAAAGAUUUGCCAAGCAGAAGUGAACAAGACAGUCUAAGAAAUGAAAGUGGAGCACCUCAUUUGGCAUCAAGUGAUAAAACUACAGCAGUGGGUCUUACAGCUUCGCCUUUCUCUUGUGCACCACACAGCCAGGAAAACUCUGAAACUAAUCAGAAUGACAACAAAAGUCAAACCAAAGGCACCAAACUUCAUACAGAAGUAUCAGGAGGUUCAAAUGUGGAAGCCGAUGCCACAAAACAAGAACAAGCAGCCGUGGUAAAAACUGAAGAUGAUGCCUUAGCCACAUGUUCAGAAACUCCCAAUGUUUUAAAGACCCAGCUAGAAUCUCGCCACUUAACACCACAAGAAUUACACUUGAAGUCUUAUCUUGGGUUAAAAGAUAAUCGUGCACUCAGGGCACUUUCUGGAAAUGACAGAGGGGCAUUAGUGCCAGACUCACAUCCUACGCUUAACAAAAGCUUAAUAGCUCAGGAAGAAAACACACCAUUGCAGAGUGACACCACCUUCACCGCUGUCUCAGAAUUCUCAGCUGUAGGUGCAGACAACACUAAAGCAAUCGAUUCAGCACACUGUGUCACAUCCUUGAUAGAAUUACCACCAACAAAGCCAGACAACUUCCCCACUACUGCCUCUGAACAUACUGUGUCUAAUCAUCUAGAACCACAAUUGGAGACAUUCAAGGCAAAUACAAAUGCUCAGGGAAAACACUGUAAGGACGAUGGUGUCGUGUUCACUGUUGUAUUGGAUAUGGACCCACAGGACAUACAGCAAAGGGACAAUUCUGGUUUAUGCUCCCAGGAAGCGAGGUUCCCGGAUGAAAAAAACACACAAUAUUCAGGUACAGGAUUCCCAGAGAUGAAAACUGAAGUCUUUAUGACGUCAAACAGUCAGGAAUCAGACAAAGGAUUGCAACAGUGCACAUUUGAAGCACAAUCAGAGACUUGUGAGGCAGCCGCCGAUGUGCAAGAAAAGGAGAAUUUCUCUAAAUGUGUCAAAAGUAGCCCAGCAAAGGUAUUUACCAUAGUGUUAGACAUUGAGCCGCAGCCAUUCGACACGCAGAAACGUGAAAAAGCCAACAGCCCUGAUUUACUCGGAUAUUCACAGGAAACACAGUUUUCUAAUGCUAGGCCUGCAGAGGUUUCCAGCAGAGCAUUUCCUCAGAAUAAGUCAGGGCACUUUACCACAUUAAUUAGUGCUGGAUCAGAUGAGGUUAUCUUCCCAAACUCUUGUACAAGUCCUGAAUCAAACCCCUCGGUGUUAGUGAAUACAGUUUUGGAAGAAGCAAACUGUUCAAGUGCCAAAUUACCAUGCAGAGAAAACCACAAAACCCAUGGUUUAAAGCUUAACAAGGUGUCGAAAUCCUCUAAAUCAUGUUGCGCUGUUGCUGAAUGUCAGCAUGCUGGUGCACAGACAGCAGAAACAACAUUUCCAGAUGUCAAAUUAGAGGAGACAACAGAUUUCUGUGACUCUGGGGAGCAAACAGAGAGCACAGUGGAUGAUUCUGUGGAAAGUGGGGAGGCCUUAAAUGGCACACAUAUAUUUGCUUCUGGCAAGAAACAAGUGACACCUGAUAGCACUGUAUGUAACACGGAAGCAGCAUAUGAGGAGGUGCCAAAGGGAGAAAACACAGAGGAAGCAAAUGAAUUUGAAAGCACAGAAUGUAAAGUUUCAGAAUUGCCAGUAAAACGAGACAUUGCUUCGCUGCCAAAAGACAAAAAUGAGGGGAAGUUGCCUGCAGCACUAGAGGACAUGGGAGUAACACAGGAACAGCGUCAGAUCCCAGAGAGCAUGGAGCCUGAGAGGACAGCCCCGGGUUCACCAGCUGAUCUGGGUUCUAAAGAGACACCAAGUGGACCGGCAAACUCCGGAAAAGAAAAGCACACCAUGCAGGAUAUUUUUUCUGAUAUCCAGAAUGUGGUGGAAAGAAGUAACAUAAUAAAUAGAACACCACAUAUAGAUUUAAACUGGUAUCUGAAGUCUUCUCCUGGUGAACAACAGAUUCAGUUGGUACGAACUGUUCAAAAGAUUCUCGCAUGUCGAUAUCAACCAGCCCGACUCAGUGUCAUAGCUAUGACCAAACAACUGGAGGAAGCAAAGGAGUACCAGCGCACUGUGCAGGAACAAGUUGCUACUUUAAAAAACUCAGGUGCCUCUAAGGCUUGUGAACCAAGUGCCUUAAACAGUGCUGCAGGCCAAUGGAGCGCAGCACUGCUAGAUGCUUCUGCCACAGUGCAGGUCAAAGCAGCACAACUGGAGCAGGUCAAACAGUACCACAAGCAGAUGAAGCUCACCAGAGCUUUUCUGGAGGUUAUAGCCGCUGAGAAGGAAAAAACGAGCUUACACUCUUUGGGAAGCAGUGCACUACAGGCUGAAAAGCUUCAUGUGCUCCUGCAAACAAUGGAACACAAGAAAGCUAUGAUGGAAGGUUUGCUACGCUUAAGUAGACAGUUGUCAGUGCACUUGAGUGACGCUGAAAGUUCAGGUGCUCUUCUUGGUCAGCUUGGAAAUGUUCAGGAAGAAUGGCGGCUUCUAAAAGGAAGUAUCAAAACAGCUCUGCGGCAUGCCUCCAACUCCACCUGUCAAUCCUCCCUUCUUUUGAAAGAAGCCGAACAGCUAAAAGCCAAACUUGAAGCUCUCCAGAAAUCCGACUGUCAAAACCUUGACAGCAAAAGUGCCUUGGAAUGUGUUUGUCUGACCACAGACCUAAAACUGUAUAACCAGCUUUACAUACAUUUACAGUCCCAGUCAGAUGCUCUCAACAAUUUCUCUCUAGGUCAGAAGGAGAAAGAUGAAAUCGAGCAUAGUCUUCAGGAAUUGGCUUCCUUGCUCGGGGUCACCAAAAAGAAACUUGAUUCUGUCACACUUAGCUGUGGUGACAGUUCUCCAACUAAGAUCAACAAACAGCUACGAGACUUGAUUGUAUGGGCUAAGCAGGCAGAAAAUCAUAUCUCUAUUGGGAAAAAGUUAGCUCUUUUCCCAGAGGAGGCUCGUAUUCAGAUUGUCGAAAUGAGGAAAUUUCAGGCUGAUAUUUUAUCUAGACAGUCCAAGAUGAGAGUACAAGUUGACGAGAUGAAAGACUUGGCCUCUAAUAUGGAAAAUGAAGAAAGUGACCAAGUGUUGAGGACAGUAGAAGACCUUUAUGAAGCUAUUGCUGACAGUUUGGAUCUUGUUCUUGACACCAUGGAAAAAGAUCUUAAACAGAGAGAGAAACUGUUAUGCGAGCUUGCUAGCAUGGAUGCCUGGUUAGCAGAAACGCAUGCUAAAAGAAACCCCUGCGCUCACAUUGAGAAUAUUUCAAAAGUGGACCUCAAAAAGCUAGAGAACGACCUGAAAAGUCAUGAAUUAGCCACAGUGGAUAUAGAGAGCCAGCUAGAACUGGUGGAAGUGAUGUCAGAAAGUUGCAGGAAAAUAGCCAUAGGGUUGAGUCCAGCAGAGAGCCGCUAUCUUGUCAACAGACUUUCAGGCCUUUGGACAGAAUUAGAUGGAUUGCUAGCUCAUGAGAAAGCCACCAGCUGGGAAUUAAAGGAGCUGAUUCAUGAGUGCACUACUUCAGAUGAAGAGUUAUCUUCCAUUCAGGCUAGUUUAAAGCAAAUUUCUGCUGAUCUAGAGCAGCUGAAGAUCCCUUUGACCCAAGAAACCCUUUCAGUGAUUGCACAAUGGAAACACAUGCUAAUGGAGCAUCAAUGUCAAAUCCAGGAGCUUCAGCAUUGCCUGGAGCCCAAGCGAAGCUCUGUUCUGUGUUUUAUCGGGGAACUGGAAGACCGGUUCAAAGCUCUUAGCAUAAGUGCCUUUGAACAAGAAAAGUUUCUGCACCUAAAGACACAAAUGGAGGAAUCUAAAGAUAUUGUCAAAGAGCAAAUCCAGAAUGCCAAAAACAAAGCACUCGGUGUGGAUGAGAGGUUUAAACUAUGCCAAACAGUCCUCGUUGAGAUUCCUUUAGUCAAAACACAAAGUCAAGAAGCAACAGAUCAAUUGGAGGUUAUAGCUCAGGAGUUGCACCCAUCUGUUCUUCAUUUAGAGAGGGAAAGGAUUCAUCAUAUAGUUGAUACUUUGGAGUCUUGGGAGACUCUUGGCACAGAUGAUAUCAAAAACCUAGAAGCUCAGCUCCUGCUAGGUUUACAGUUUGACUCAGAGCUUCCUGCUUAUAUAGAACUCUUAGAAAGCAUAAGAGUCGAGCUGGAAGGAACUGAACCAGUCAGUCCAGAAGAAACAGCCAUAGAUAUUGCACUACAACGAUACUGGGUCAUUUGGCGAAGUAUGGAGUCUGGGAUGCGAGUUUUGGAAAAUUUGGGACAGAAAGAAAAAACUGACCUGGGGAACUACAAGGAACUAUAUUCACUUCGAGAUUCAGUCAUGCAAGAAUGUCACUCGCAGAUGGUCAUGCUAUCACAAGCUAGAGAUUCCUUGAAAGAUUAUCACUGGGCUGCUCAAGGAGCAAUAGGCUUCCUACACAAUGCUGAGGCAACAUUCUUGUCAGCUACUGGAGGGUUUUUGGAUUGUGCUGAGGAACAAAGACAGACCCAAGAGGCUUUAGAAACUCUUGAAAAAGGUUUUCACGCUCAUAUUUGCCACCUUGUUGAACGGGUACCUCGUGAACCCUGCCUUUCCUUCCCAAAGACCGAGCAGCUCCACAUCAACAUCCUCAGCCAGCUAAUGGUUGGAAGAGCCAUACUGGAGGCCCAGGCGCAGCUCAGGCUUGAGACCUUGCAAAGGUGUGAAUUGAGACAGCAAAGUCACCAAAAGUGCCACAAAGACAUUUGUCAACAUCUUUCACAGUUUGAGGAAAGGCUUUCAGAAUGUGCUGCAGAACAUGUGACAUCAUAUGACAAAUGUGUUGCCCAACAAAGAAGAGCUCAGCUUCUGAUGGAAGAUCUUCACGGUCUUGCUGGGAGGAUAGACGACCUGAGAGCUGUUUGUCCAAUGCAGGGUUGUGGGGUUGGAAAGGAUGGUGAGGUUGGUGCCCUCUGGAGGCACUGGUUGUCAUUACUUUGUGAUGUUGGCCUCCUGAUGGUACGCAUAGAGCAGAGAGGAGAGGAGUGGAAAGACAUUACUGCAAGCAUGGAGCAGUGCUGCAGCUUUUUAGCCAGACUUCAGGCGGAGGUUCGAGACCCCACCACUGUGAACUUCACUGGAGAGGAUCCACAGGAGCUUCUCGCCCUGGCUGAGAUCCUUCAGACAGGUUUGGAGCAGGAGCAGCAGGACCUGGCCUCCCUGGAGCAUCGACUGGAGCACGCCCUGAGCUUAUCAAGUUCCCCAGGGCCUAUUGGCAAAAAGCUGGUGAAGAUCCAAGAAAAUGUCAGGAGCUUAAAAGAACGAAACCUGCUGGUUGUAGCUGCAGCCCAGGCCGAGGAGAGAGAAAGACGACAAGUUCAAGAAGAGAUGGGACAGAUUCAGAAACACGUGUUUCUCAUUCUUCCGGCACUGGAAGCAUGUUUGAAUCCAAGCGAAAGACAGGAGCUUAGAAAGGAGUUGUCUUCCCAGAAGACCAAGCUUAAGUGCAUCACAGACAGUGUGCAGAGCCGAUACACAGAGGUUCCUGUGGAUAUAGGCAAGCAAAUACAGGAUCUCCAGAUGUCUCUGCAGAGAGCAGAAGAGAAGCUCAUAGAGAACAGCCUCGUUAAGAAACUGGCUAGCAGAGUGCUGGAGUUGGGUUCUGGCAUGGAGAAGGUGAAAGCAUUACUGGAGCAGAGAAGUCCAACAGUCAGUGAAGCUCAGAAUGUCCUGAAGCAUGUGUGGGAUGAGCUGGAUGCCUGGCACAGCAGCUUGAUGCUCCUGGAGAGCGAGGUGCAGGAUCUUGCAGAAGAGCAGCCGGAUCAAGCCCAGCUUCUUAUUGACCAGCUCACACAACCCCAGCAGCUCUACCAAGAUGCAGCACAGAUGGUUGAGCAGCGUACAACCUUUCUCAGCAAGAUCCCAAAGUGUCUUCAGGAGUUAGAAGAUAUUCUGCAUAGCGCCACCCGCUGGUUAGGUGAGGCCCAGUCAUGGCUCAGUGCUCCCUGCUCAUUCACAACAGCAAAAAGCCUCCACAAUCAUGCAAAGUCCCUGCAGCUGGUCCUGGAUGACUCUGAGAUGAUCAGGGGGAACCUGCAGGAUUUCAGGUUGGUGCUGGGUGAAAUCUCUGCAGUGUGUGACAUCAGUGCCCAGGAGGAGAGGCUGGAGCAAAACGACCAACAAGUCCUCAAAAUGCAAGGCAGCAUCCUCGAGCCACUGGAGCAGCUCUUGCAGGCUGUUGUAGUGGUGGAGGACAUGGAAGCUGAACUUAAGACUGUGGAGAAAAAUGUGCUGAAAAUCAGAACAAUUUUAUCCUCCAUGGACGACUCCAAUAUGUCCCUGACAGAACAUUUGCACAACAGACAGGUGAUCCAAGAUAAUUUGUGCUCAAUGCAGAGGAUGUUAGAAGAUCUAGAAAAAUGCAAAGGAGAGCUUCACAUCCCACAAAGAGCAGAAGAAGGCCUUCAAGUCUACUCCAAAGCCAGGCUGCUCCUGCAGUCACUCGAGGAGCUGGAACAUCUCACACAGCAACAAGCCUCUCUGCUUGAGAACAAGAUCAGAGAAGAGGAAGAAACAAGUGCGAUUCUUGCAAUCACAACAGGCUCUCAUACUCCUGGACAAAUGCAACAGCUGGACACACAUCUAGUCCAGGACCCUGAGGACACGCUCAAGCUUUCAGAAGUGCAAAGGGAGGAUAUGGCAGAACAUAAGCCACCGUCACAUACGAAGGACCUGGAGGGUAUGCUUCAUCAGUCUUCUGAAUGUGCAGAAAAGCCCGAGUUAGAUAUCAACUUUGAAGCCAAACAAGCUGAGGCUGGAAUAAUAACACCUGAUGCUAAAGCUGAUUUUGACGUAGCACUUACUCCUGAAUCUGUGACCGCUCAGUCACUAAACACUGCAGCCGUCCCUGCAGCAGAAGGCCAGCUUAAAGCUGCUGCUGUGCACCAGCAUGAUUUACCGAAACACGAAGCCUUUGAUGCUGACCCUCGCACAAACACCCCUCAGGCAGCAGCUGGAGCGGAAGAUACAAGGCUGAUUCCUUCAAGACCCAUAACUCCAUUUGCUGCUGGAAGAGCAUCAGAUGAGCUGAUAGAGGAGGAGAAGCUGUCGCUGUCCACAGCUCCCAAUUCAGAUCUGGAUGUUUUUGAUAGACUGAGGGAGCAAACUGAAGUCAGCACCAGUUGUUUUUUGGGAGGAUCCCAGCAGUUUUCUGUUGAGCCAAUCAGUUUGCCUGGACAUGAAAAUGUUAACCCCAAGCGCCAAAGGUGGAGUCACCUUCAUUCCCAGAUUUCUGAAAAAAUAACCACUUUGAAAAAAGUUAAGGAGAACCAUCAAAGCCAGAACAGAGAAGAUGCAGAGAACAGACAAAAGGUUCCAGAUGAGGCGUCGAGGUCAAUUGGAUCUACUUGUGCAGCACUUCAGCACACACAGGAGGCCAUCACUAUGCUAAGAAAAAUAGUGAGCUCCACCGAUGGUUCUCAUCCAGGUGUGAAAGAGGAGUUUUACGAGGCUAUACAGCAGGUCCUCCUCUGCCUCGAUUCUUUGACUGACCUUCUGUUGACUUGUGGUAGCACGGGUGAAGAUGAACCUCAGCUGAGGCUGCUGCAGCACGAGUGUAUAUCAGCUGAGCUGGGGACCCUCUCUGAACUGAUGAGUAAAGUAGUGUCAGAAACCAGGCCUCAACUUUCAAAGGAAGAACCAGAUGCUUACAGCUGUUUGACCUGCCUUCAGGAUUGUCUUCAUACAGCUCAGCUGGUCUUGACCUCCUCCCACAAUCAGCUUAUUGAAGAUCCAGGCCUUAAGGACCCUUGCAAGGAGAUCUCCACCAAUCAGCUGUGUCUUCUGGACGAGUUUGAACUUGGGCAGAGUCAAGUCUUUCAAAAUCUAAAGGCUGGUCCCAGUUUGGAGUGUGUGCUGGCCAGACAUCUGAGGGAAAGUCCAGGGGAAAAGGCCAAGAUGCAACACAGUUCUAGGUCCUUGCUUCAGGGGAUAACUCGGCUCCUGGAACUGGGUGAAGAAUGCAUAAGAGAGAGAAAGAUGAGCCAGGUUCACAGCUGCAGCAAACUUCAAGCUGUUCUCUGCACACACAAGAAGCUUCUGCAGGUCCUCAGGUCCCAGAUGGCUUUUGUUCAGUAUCUAUCCCAACAUGAGCCAGAAGCACUCAAGUGUCAAGAGAAUGAACGGGUACACCUGGAAGCCAGGGCCAAAUCACUGCAGCAACAGGCUCUGGAACAGGAAGUGGCUUCUCAAAGGAGACUUCAGGAGUGGACCCGUUGGGAGGAUAAUUGUGGUCGAUUGGGGAGAGUGCUGGAUGAGUCUGAAGCCUUCAUCAGCAGAUGGGAGCCUGAGGGAGAUGAUGAUGAGGAGGAGUUAGUGCAGCACAGACUAGAUGCCUGCCAGCAAACACUGGUCCAGCUGGAUGACAACAAAACCACUUUAGGAGCAAUUCUGGAUCAGGGUAAGGUGCUGCAGGCAGAGCCCCUGCUUGCUGCAUCAACCCAUCAGACAGGCGGCGCUCUGGAGCUGCGUUGGAGGAAUGCCUACAGGCGAACAGAGAAAAAGAUUCAGCGCUGCAGAGACAUCCAGGACAGCCAAAUCAGAUUCCACACCAACUUUGACUUGGUCAGUGAAUGGCUGGCUGGUGCCAACAAACACCUGAAGACUUUGUCAGGUCUGGUAAAUCUCUCUGACCUGAGUCAGGAGUGUGUUCAAAGCAAUCUCAUCAAGCUGCUGGACUUCUCCAUGGAAGUGGAACGUAUGUCUGUACUGAAGACCUCGGCAUCCAAGCAUGCUGCUCAGCUCCUCCAGCUGAGGGAGGCUGACUGCCCUGGACUGAGAACUCAGCUUACCCAACUGGAGAACAGCUGGAACCAGCUGACCUCUGACAUGUCAAAAACCCAAGACCAGCUGCAACAGUGUCUCCUGGCAGCACAGCCAUCGAUGGAGCUUCUCUCUGAUCUGGAGGACUGGCUCAAACAGAUGAAGAACUGCAUGAACCAGGAGAAAGAAAAAGUCCUCAAGGCCAGCAGUGCAGCUCAGGUCACUGAGAUCCUGCAGAAUUUCCAGGUAUUCAAAGCUGCUGUGACCAAUGGGCAGCUCCUCCUUCAUUUCCUGUGUCAGCCCAGGCCUCAGAUGGCAGACAUCCAGGCAGUCCGCUCUGAGCGUACAACGUUCGCAGAGGAACUCGGUGCCUCCAGGCUGCAGUGGCUGCACUUUCUGAGAGAGCUAGAAAGUCAGAUUUGUGGUGCUGAGCAGAUCCAUCGCACUUGUGCAGAAAGGGAGAGGCGUUUGCAGUGUCUCCACGGCUGGAUAGAGCAGCAGAAGAAGCAGCUGAAUCAGUGGAAACAGCCCACCAGCCAAACUCUGGCUCAUAAGGCUCUGCUGGAGUGGGAGGCUCUUGAGGGUAGAGUGAAGGAAGUGGCUGCAGCUCUACAAGAGUUAAAAACCACACAUGUGUACGAUAAAAGGGAACAGGAGCGCCCAUGUGAUGUUGCCUUUUCUAAUGAGGCAGAGGGCGUCAGUCAUGCUUGCCGGGAUCUUAGUCAAGAGAUGAAAGCUCUGAGACCUGCGCUUCAACAGGUUGUGGAAAAGUGGAGUUGUUUCCACAGAGAUCUGAGGGAUGUGACUCUGCACACCACCAGGGUGCGCUGUGCCUUUCAGCAUCAACAAGCUACUCUCUUCUUGCUGAAGCAGGCAGAGGGAUACAUGGACUUCCUCCUGCAACUCCAGGAGGAGGCUGGAAAAGGAGAAGCACUUUGGGCAGCUGUGAACAAAUCCUGUCAGAGUCUUGUAGGGUCUCUCCAUCAUGGAGCGGCACAGGCACUACGUGAUGAAGUGGAAGGAGAACAAAAACGGUGGCAGAACACGGUGCAGGAGAUAAAGGAGGAAAACAUAAAGACAGAAGAGACGCUUUUGGUCUGGCAGGAAUACACUCGUCUCUCUUGUAGCUGCUCUGCACAGCAGAAACACCUGCAGCAUGAGUGGGAGGAGCUAUCAAGGUCAUCACUUUCAGCUGGACACAACACUCAAGCCAUAGAUGGCUCAGUAAAGAAGUUGCAGGGUGCUGCUGAAGAGCUGCAAAGCAUCAUGGGAGAUGUCUUAGCAGCAUCCAAGCCUCUUAUUGGCCAGCUAGAACCACUACCUGCAAGUUUAAUAGGAUCAGAAACCAGACUGCUGUCGCGUGGCAUCCUGUUGCUAAACGAGGCAAUUGCAGAGAAAAAGAGGAGUGUUGAGGAGGAUUUAGAGCAACGUAAACUAUUUCACGCCCAACUGGAGGUGUUCGAAAAGCAGAUGCAGGACUUACAGCAGAAACUAAAGGCCGGCAAAGAUAACACAGACUCUGUAAAGCAGGUACUCCAGGAGCUCUGUGGUCUGUUUCCAUCAUUGCUGGACAUCAGAGACAUGAGUGGCCACCUGAAUCUUAACAAACAGGAGUCAGAGAGACUGCACGUACUUAUCAGGGAGUGGGUCGAAGUCAUGACUCGUUCAUCAGACAGAGAACUGCAGGAUGAGUGCCAGCGUUCCCUGAGCUUUCAGGAAAAGAGUGGAAGAUUGACACAGAUCAAGGAGAAACUGGAGCAGGAAGCAGUGUGCAGAAAAAACCCGAGUUAUUCAAGCCUUCAAGAGAUGCUGAUUGUCCAUCAGAGACUUCAAGCUGACAUAAUGGUUGGACAUCAGCUUCUGCAGCAUCUUCUCUGUAAUGCAAUCAAAUCCAUGGAAAAAGAAACAGGAGAGAAAAGAUCUGAGCUCACGGCACAAGUGGUCAGUUUAAAGAAUGGCUGGUUCAGCUCCGUGGCUCUGGCUGGUCAAAGCCGGACCUUAACAAAGGAACAGCUGCACCAAUGGAGAAUCUACAAGAAUGGUUUGAAACAUCUGUGGAAGUUGUUGAGGGACGCUGACUCUUUGCUGCCCCCAACUGGACGCUUUCUCUGUGCAGUGGAUCAGCUGCAGAACUGUGUCGAUGAUUACCAGUGUAUCACAGAGUCUCUGGAUCAGCACUCCACUGUGUACACCCAGACACUGAAGGCUGGAAAACAUCUGUGUGAAACAAUGAAGGACUCAGAGUGUUACAGUCGACUGCAGUCAGAGUUUCAGGCCAUAGAUGAAGCCUGGCAACGAACCACAUCACUACUGAGGGAAAGAAGAGACAUGCUUUACACCACUGUUAAGAUGUGGUCUCGGUGUCAGGAUGGAAUCAGCAACAUCGUGUCUGAAAUGCACGAGUUAAAGAUGAAACAACAGACGUGUGAAAGACCGGAGGACUCCGCUCUUAUCCAGGAGACUGAGCUCUCUCUGCAGCAUUUGGCCAUCGGAUUGAAGGAACUGGCCAACAUGAAGACGGACCUGUCCCAGUAUGUCACGGCCAGUGACUCGGCUCUGCUGGAGAAGCAGCUGGAGCAACUCCACAGUCAGUGGGAAGAGCUGUGUAUGAAGGUGUCAUCGCGCAAGCAGGAAAUCGCAGAUCGUCUCAAUGCGUGGACCAUCUUCAAUGACAAAAACAAGGAGUUCUGUGAUUGGCUGACUCAGAUGGAGCACAAAGUGUGCCACCGGGGAGAGCUGAGCAUCAAAGAAAUGGUGGAGAAACUAAAGAAGGACUGUAUGGAGGAAAUUAACUUGUUUAGUGAGAAUAAAAGCCAUCUGAAACAGCUGGGAGAGCAGCUGCUCUUAGCCAGCGACGAGGCCAAGCAGGCACAGGUCCACGAGUCGCUGCAGGAAGUCAACCAGCGCUGGCACAACCUCUUCCACCAAAUCGAAGCCAGGAAGCACCUUUCAAAGACUAAAGGUAAAGUUAUGGAGAUCCAAAGGAGACUGGCAGAGCAGCAGGAGCUGCAGAGGGACAUUGAGAAGCACACGGAGGGCGUAGCAUCCGUGCUCAGUCUGUGCGAUGUGUUGCUGCGGGAUGAAGAUGCUACUGGUGGCACUGAGGCGGAGAGCGACUCCCUGCAGGAGACCAGCCGCAGCCUGGACCAGCGCUGGAGGACCAUCUGUGCUAUGGCUCUGAAUCGAAAGCUCAGGAUUGAGGAGACGUGGACACUCUGGUGUAAGUUUCUCAAUGACUACUCCCGAUUUGAGGAUUGGCUCAAGAUGGCUGAGCAAACCGCUGCCAACCCCAACUCAGCUGAUGUCCUUUUUGCUGUCGCCAAAGAGGAGCUCAAGAAGUUUGAGGGUUUCCAAAGGCAGGUUCAUGAGCGACUGACCCAGCUGGAGCUGGUCAACAAUCAGUACCGCCGGCUGGCCAGGGAAAACCGCACCGACCGAGCCAGCCAGCUCAAAGCAAUGGUCCAUGAAGGCAACCGGCGGUGGGAUACACUGCACCGAAGAGUGGCCGCCAUCCUCCGCAGGCUCAAGUAUUUCACCAGUCAGAGGGAGGAAUUUGAAGGGACCAGGGAAAGUUUGCUGGUGUGGCUGACCAACCUCGAUCUGCAGCUCACCAACGUUGAGCACUUUUCAGAGAGCGAUGUCCAUCAGAAGAUACAGCAGCUCAAUAGUUUCCAGAAGGAGAUCACCCUGAACACUGAGCGCAUUGAUGGACUGAUUGUGUUUGGAGAGGGCCUGAUCCAGAAGAGCUCACCACAGGAUGCGGCGAAGAUAGAGGAGGAGCUGGAGGAGCUGCACUCCUACUGCCAGGAAGUUUUCAGGAGACUGGUCCGCUUCCAUCAGCGCCUCAGCCAACCCCCUAUCACAGAAGAACCAGAGAUCCCCUCUACCACCUUUUCCCUGGAAUCAAGCUUGGAGCUGAUUGGCCGACCGUGGCUUGGGCGUAGCUUUGGAAGCCUUCCAGCCACACCCACUCUCCUGCUGUCUUCACCCCUGGUGCGUUCAGGGCGGGAGACACCGGAUUCACUGGCUUUGGAGUGGGACCACACCGUAGACGUAGGAGGGUCAUCAUCACAUGAGGAUGAUGAGGAAGAGGAAGAAAACGAGGAAGAGGGAGCUUACUUCAGUGCGCUGUCAGAGGUGGAGUUGACUGAGACCCUGGAGGAAUUUAUCGAAGCCUCAGAGGCCCCGCUCGCCUCGUCACUGGCAUCAAGCAGGUCUGUGGCUGUACAAGACUCUCCGAGAUGGCGGGCACUGGGAGACAGAGAAACUGAGUCUGACACAGAGGGACACACUGAGGCCACACCCACUCUGACCAGUACCCCUCUAAAGCCGGGAUAUCUGAGUCUCAUGUCAGAGUGCAGCAGGAGCAUAGAGAGCAUCAACAGAGUGUCGCUGAUCCUGGAUGACGUGGAGCAGCCGGAGGAGUUCGGUCUCACGGGACUGAGUGCCUCAGACAAACAGUCAGGUGUGAUUGAACGCUGGGAGUUGCUCAAGGCACGGUCCAGAUGCAGUGAGCGUGACAGCUCUGAGGAGCCUCAGCAGCUCAGGUGUGAUCUCGACAACAUUACUUCCUGGUUAAAAAAUGUGAUCCCGGAGCUGGACCGCCAUCAGGAGCCUGACCCAGCGGCCUGUAUUGAGGAGAUGGAGGCCAGAGCUAAAGAACUAAAGGAGAUGCAGAAAGUGUUUACUCACUACAAGUCUAUCAUGCUGUCAGUCAACCUGCGAAGUGAGGAAGCUCCAGAAGCACAAGAGAAACUGACGAGUAUGAACAGAGACUGGAGCAGAGCGUGUACUGGCCUCCAGCAGUGGGACCUCAGCCUGAGGAAGAAGCUCAUGCAGUGCCAGGACUUUCAUGAAAGCCUCCACUCUUUGCUGCUGUGGCUCGCUCACGCAGAGAGCAGACGCUACGCAGUGGACAUCGGCCACCCAGACACGACUCUCACAGCGCUGCAACAGCACUGCAACACCCUCACUGCUCUGCAAAAGGAGAGCAACGAGGCCCGGGAGAAACUCCACGUGACGGGGAGCAAGCUGAAGCUGCUCCUGAAGCAGGUGGACGGCGACCUCAGCAACCUGCGGCAACGUCUGGACUGUGAAUCUGCUACAGCCGCCCAGUGUCAAAGUGUUUCUCAGGAGGCUGCAAAUUCAAAGAAAGGCUCCUCCACUCAAAGAGAGAAGCGGGAAUCGUCUCCCCCUCGAUCCUUCUUCUACCGGGCCCUGCGUGCCGCCUUCCCUCUUCAGCUCCUGCUGCUGCUCCUCCUGCUCCUGCCCUGCCUGAUUCCAAUGUCGGAAAGUGACUCCAGCUGCACCCUUACCAAUAACUUCGCCCGGUCCUUCUACCCCAUGUUGCAUUACACCAACGGCCCACCGCCCACUUGAUUGUAAUAUUCAUGCGAUAAUAGAAACUUUCUAAAGGAAACGGA